AUGGUAAUAAGAAGAGAAGUUAGAGUUGUGUUUGUAGUGACGGUGUUGUUGAUCAGCUGCCGGAGUGGUGCUGACGGAGAGGAUGAGUUUGAGAGAGGAAAUGGGGUUGUAGAACACAAGGGCACGAAUUCUUCGGCAGAAAUUUUAGUCCAAAGCAAUAGUAAUAUUGACCAUCAUGCUGGGAAAGGAGGUGGAAAGGGUGGUGGAGGUGGAGGAGGAGGUGGUGGCGGUAAUUGUGGUGGAGGGGGUGGAGGUGGCAGUGGCAAUGGUAGAGGAAAAGGUAAACCACAGAGGAAAAGAAAACAAAGAGGUGGUUGUAGUUGUGGUGGUGGGGGAGGGGAUGGAGGUGGAGGUGACUAUGGUGGAAGAAACGGUAAGCCACGCAACAAAGGAAAAGGAGGAGGUGGUGGUGGUGGAAACCAUAAAGGACACGGAUGGGGUACAGGCGGGAGUGGUGGGGGAAGAAGUGGUCAAGGUGGAGGUUCAGGUCGGAGAGGAGGUAGUGGUGGCGGCGACAACCAUGGUGGCACAAGAAAAUAA